AUAUUUAAACAUGAAAUCAAUAGAACCAAAAAGAGUUGAAUUUGGCUUGACUCUAUGCAAAUCGAGAAACAGCAAGAUAAAAGUUUACUAUUUCUUAUAAAUUAUUGUAAAAUUAUUAAAUUGAAACAUAAAGUAGAAUUGAUUUUGAUGGAUGGAAGAUAAAAACGAUAAAGAAUAUGUAAGUUGUAUUCACUACACAACUAAAUUAUGAAAUGGAAGGAAUUUAUAUUAGAUUACCACAAUUGA